CGACCUACGGCUGAAAUGAGUGUGAUCCAUUUAGAUGACAUCAUAAGGAAUAACAAGAAGGGGCAAACCAACCCGAAGGCGAGGAGAUGGAGGCAGCCUUUCCAGAACAGGAUCCCGGCAUUCGGCAACGGAAGACCUGGAUUCCGGAGCUGGGGGCCACGGAACCUGUCAGGACCCAACCGGUUUCGAGGGGGCUUCGGGAAGCAGCCGUUUUACAAGAAGCGGUUUUGGAACGGGGGCACCAGACCGGGCCAGAGCGCGCCCCUCGGGCCAAGCGGCAGGAGUCCGCUCAACCGGCCUGCAUCGGCACAGCAGGGCACGCAGCAGGAUGCCACCAAGGUUAGCAGCGGAGGUGAGGAUGGAGCAGCAGCUAAAACUCCGCAGGGGCCAUCCCCACGCUUCAAGCAGUUCAGAAACCUAGGAGGACCUCCACCAGCCCAAAGCAACAGGCCUUUCCGAAACAAUCAAAGGCAGUCCAGAUUCAACUUCAGCCGGCGACAACAAGCAAUGUUCCGCGUAGAGAGGAGACCAUCAGGGAGGUACAGGUGGCAGCCGCAACCCAAUUUGGGGGCAGUCUUGACUGUUUCGGUGUCCAACCUCCAAGCAGGUCAAGCAAAUAUCCCCAGAGGAGCCCAGCGCCCCUUCCUGAGAGGGAGAGGCACCUCGACCAAGACAACCGGACGCCAGCCGAAAGGGGUGCCCCUGAGAUUUAACUUCCGCGCCAUGGCUAACCAGACUAGCCUGACCUUGAAUGAAAGGUUCUCCGGGCUGAGGAACAAAGGCCGUUUCACAUCAUUGCAAAACACAGGCCGGAUGGUCACUCUGCCCUGACGCUACCCUUGGAGGGAGCUGGACCCCUCUGGAACGGAGCCGGCGUUUGAAGCCAUGUGUUGUUUUUUAGCUACUACCUGGGAGGUGGCUGUGGGAACACCUAGACGCCAAGUGACCGACUAACACCAAAGGGACAACUUCUGUCCACACCCUCGGGUAUUCCUCCCCACUGUGGAUGUCUUGCUCACCCAGUUUGCAGGAGGGCUCCCUGUUUCGAUCUAUGGCGUUUGCUCUACGAUGCAUUGAGGUUUGACUUAGUUUUGCCCCCAAGCUUGUUAGGAUGUUGUUGGGAAGCCGUAAGGUAUAAAAGAUCUCCCAGACUCCAUCAAAGGAGAAGCCUUUGUCUUCAAGCACAAGUAGAGGUGUGAACAAGCAAAAAAAAA